UUUUCUUUUUAAUAUGAUAAAAAACUAUAAAAAAUCAUUAUUACUAUGAUUGUAAUUGUAUCACUGCAGUCAUGACUAGAAUUAUUACACUCAUAAUCCUGUGAUUAAAUACUACCUAACAUUGUAAAUAUUAUUUAUUUUUUUUUUUUUAUUGCUUAUAAAAUAAUAAAACUGUAUGUACUUCACAUUUUGUACUAAGUGUCUCGGUGAAUACGUCCUACAACAAUUUAUAACAAACAUCAUCCGCAGGACGGCAUGUCAUCGUCACUCUUUACGAUAUCGGUAAUUUUUUUUUAUCAGUUAAAUAAAAAAUAAAAUAUUUUGUUGUCAAAAAUGGACUAUUUAUUAGCAAAAUUUCGUAAAAAAGAACCAAAAAAAGAAGUUACUUUUGAGGAUUUGCAAGCGGUGCUUUUACGUACUCAACCUCCUCCAAAAAAAAAAUAUCUAUCAACAUGUGAUUAUAAUGAAAUUUGUCCAAGAGUUUAUGUUGGAGAUUGGAACACUGCAAAAAAUCUUAAUUUAUUGCUUUCACUUGGUAUCACACAUGUAGUAAAUGCUGCCCAAGGUAUUGGAUUUGGCAUGGUUGAUACAAAUGAACAAUUUUAUCGUCCAUUUAAUAUUCAAUACAUGGGUUUAGCUUUAUGUGAUGAUCCUAAUGUUGCAAUAAAUGAAUAUUUUGAUAGUGUAUCUAAUUUCAUAGAUGACGCACUAUUACAAAAAGGUAAGGUUUUGGUUCAUUGCAUAAUGGGCAUUUCAAGAUCUGCAACAAUUACAAUUGCUUAUUUAAUGAUAAAAAAAGGAUUAAGAGCUAAGGAAGCAGUAGAAAAAGUAAAAAAAGCAAGAGAUAUUAGGCCAAACAAUGGAUUUCUUAAACAACUAGCUCAACUUGACAAUGACAGAGUACAUAAUAAUAAUAUUUAACAUUGGUGCUGUAAACAUAAUAUGAUAAUAAUAAAAAAAAAAAUCAUAUUGAA